AAAGCAAUAAUAGCCCAUGUGAGCUUAGUGUCAAAGAAGAAACCAAAUGCAGCGGAGAUUGCUUUGAUUGAACUCCGCAAAAUCCAACACAGCUCUCCUUAGAUCCCCUCCGAUGACGAUCACCACUAAACCGUCCUCGCCACUAUGCUCACUCAAAGGAUCCCUCCUCACCGUCGCCGCCCUCACUCUCCUCUCCCUCUUCUACCUCUCUCUCGACUCCCUACGCACUCCCCCUCCGCCGUCUCUCUCCGCGGCGGCGGAGUCCACGAUCCACGUCCCAACCGACGAAGAUUACUCCGACGUCUACCACUCUCCUGACUCGUUCCGUCUCAAUUACGCGGAGAUGGAGAGGAAGUUCAAGGUCUACAUCUACCCGGACGGAGAUCCCGCCACUUUCUACCAAACGCCGAGGAAACUCACCGGCAAAUACGCCAGCGAAGGUUACUUCUUCCAGAACAUCAGAGAGUCUCGUUUCCGCACGCUUGAUCCCGAGGAGGCCCAUCUCUUCUUCGUCCCUGUCUCCCCUCACAAGAUGCGUGGCAAAGGGACAUUGUAUGAGGACAUGACUGUGAUUGUUCGAGAUUACGUUGAUGGGUUGAUAGCUAAGUAUCCUUACUGGAACAGGACUUUAGGUGCGGAUCAUUUUUUCGUCACGUGCCAUGACGUUGGUGUUAGAGCGUUUGAAGGGUCUCCGGUUAUGAUUAAGAAUGCGAUUAGGGUUGUGUGCUCUCCUAGUUACAAUGUUAGUUUCGUUCCUCAUAAAGAUGUUGCUUUGCCUCAAGUCCUUCAGCCUUUUGCUCUCCCUGCCGGUGGCAAUGACGUUGAGAACCGGACGACGCUUGGUUUUUGGGCGGGUCAUAGAAACUCCAAGAUACGUGUGAUACUCGCCCGCGUGUGGGAGAACGACACUGAGCUCGAUAUUUCAAACAACAGAAUAAACAGAGCUACAGGGCAUUUGGUAUAUCAGAAGAGAUUCUACAGGACUAAGUUCUGCAUAUGUCCCGGUGGUUCUCAAGUCAACAGUGCUCGAAUCACUGACUCAAUCCAUUACGGAUGUGUUCCUGUUAUAUUGUCAGACUACUACGACCUUCCUUUCAACGACAUUCUGAACUGGAGGAAGUUUGCGGUUGUACUCAGAGAGCGAGAUGUGUAUAACCUCAAGCAGAUCCUCAAGAGCAUACCGCAAUCCGAGUUUGUUUCCUUGCAUAACAACUUAGUCAAGGUUCAGAAGCAUUUUCAAUGGAACUCACCACCGGUUAAAUUCGAUGCGUUUCACAUGAUCAUGUAUGAACUAUGGUUACGCCACCAUGUCAUCAAGUACUGAAUCGAAGACUCUUUCUUCUUUUUUUUUUCUUUUCCAACGAGUAGAUACGGUUCCAAGCAAAAAGAAAAAAGAAAAGCUAGUAUGUACACUUCUUGUAAGUUUUUGUUAUCAUAGCUUAUAACAGUAACACCAGACAACAACACUGCAAUUCUUUGAGGAAAUUUAAUUAUUUUUUUGUGAA